UUCCGUGUCACGGCAACAGUUGAAAGAUGGCGGCUCCCACGACUGAAAAAAUUGUUGAGAUUCGGCAGGCGAUUGCUCGCCAUAUAAACUGUCUGAGUGAAGGAAGUCGAAUGGCAAAACGGAGAGCGUUGGAUAAUAUACGAAAAGAAACAAUCGGAAAGGAUCCAACCUACGAUGCAGAAGUUUUACAAGGAGUUUUUGAAGCAGAGAUGAAGCCGCUGCUGAAAUGCUUCGGUGAUCCAGUUGACAAGUGCCGGGAACUGUCGGCGCAGCUUGUUCAGGAGUUUGUGGAGAGGAUCCCGCGGCCUUCAGAAAUCCUCCCUUAUCUUGUUCCAACGAUUGUGACCCGUUUAGGCAACCAGGAAAUCGUGGAGUCAGCAGAAGAACUCAGACUUUCCCUUGUCCAGCUAUUGACAAAGCUUGUAGAAUUAACUGGGGAUAAAUCGGCACCAUUUCUGGAUGAUUUUGUCAAGAUUUUGCAGAGAACACUUGUUGACCCAUUUGCGGAUGUACGAAGAGAAAGUUGCACUUGCACUUGCAAGUUAGCUAGAAUAAUUCCACAACAUUUUCAUAUGCAAUCAGAAAGCCUUAUCACUCCUCUACUCCAGACUAUUAGUCAUCAGCAUUCCAAAGUUCGGGUGCAAGUAAUUUACACAGUUGGAGAUGUUUUGCAGUUUGGAAAUCACAAACCCAUGGAAAAGGUUAUAUCACAUCUAGCACAACGGCUCUUUGACCAGUCCCCUCAGGUUAGGCUAGCAGUCACUAAUGUUGUUGGUGGAUGGUUACUUGACUUUGUUGAUCGCUACUCCUUCCAUCAUAAGCUAAUUCCUCUUUUGUUGACAAGCCAGACGGAUGAGUUGGAUGAAAUCUCAAGCAAAGCUAAGCAGCUUUGGGUAGAUGUUGGAAAGAAAUACGCUGAGGAGAAUGAGAAGGAUCUCAAGGAUCAGAUGGAUUUUGUUGAUCCAGAGAUUGAGCUUCCACCAGGAUACAAUGAGAGACCCAAUUUGGGCUGCAGAACCCUCAUCUUCCGCAACAUGUCCAAGAUCCUUCCCGGCCUGCUCAACGACCUCACUGACUGGACCAUCACCAACCGCAUCAUGUCGGCCAAGCUCCUUCACGUUCUCCUGGUCAACGCUGAAGACCACACCACCCAGCACAUGGCCCCGCUCCUGGCUGGGAUGUACAAGGCAUGCUCCGAUGAAGAGAUGGAGGUGGUCCACAGGAUUCAGAAGUCUGGUGAGCUGGUUGGGUUCUAUGUAGGACCAGAGAUCUACUGUAAGCUGAUCUUACCGACGGUCCAGGCUGCCCAGGGACCAGGCGUCCUCAUGACCUUUGCCUCUGUUCUACUCGGAACAAAGAGGGCAGCCCUCAAAUCAUAUCUCGUCGCUAUCUGCAAAACAUUGGCUGAGCCAGAUGUGUGUCGGAGUGAAGAUAAGAAUUACCAGAAUCAGCUAUUGUCCUGUGUGAUGUCCAUUAUUCUGGUUGCUAAAGAAGAUUGUGGUGAUGUUACCUUGGAACUCUUCACCGUUCUCAUCACCAUCAUGGCCACUGCAAGAGAUAGUGAACUCAGAGACAAGGUCAAAUCCACCUUGACUGACCUAGCAGCAGCCUCGGGUCAUGGGACCCCUGCUUCCCUCUACAAUGCCCAUACCAAGCAAGUCCUGGAGUCCUUCCAGUCUUCAUACCAUCAGUGGACCAACCUGUCGGUGGAGAGGCUUGUCUUUGACUGUCUGCUCUCUGAAGCAGGUGAAGUUGUGGGUGAUCUCCUGGAAGACAUCAUCCCCAUCCUGGAGACCAACCUCAAGCCGGACAAGGACGCAGAACUCCGUCUCAAGUUCUUUUCCCUGCUCUCCCGUCUGGUGAUGAGUGCUCCAGUGACCCUCGACUCCAAGGACAGGUUCAGGGACUUCUCCUUGACCGUUGUUCGGACAAUGGUCCUUCCCAACUGUGUGUGGCAUGCCGGGAGGACAGCUACAGCCAUCAGGACCACAGCCGUGUCCUGCCUUUGGGCCCUCCUGCAGAGUGAAAUGCUCACAGCUAAGCAGCUGGACUCCAUCAUGGAUGAUCUCCAAGUCCAGCUGCUGACGCUCCUGGAGGACGACUCCCGUUCCACCCGCCUCAUCACCGUCCGCAUCCUGCAGAAGAUCUUGACCGUCUGUGGCUCCACGACCUUUGACCCUGAACGCCUGCACCAGGUCUACAUGGAGCUCCUGAAGCGCCUGGAUGACAGUAGCGACGAGAUCAGGGUGGCAGUGGCCAAGACCUUCGGGGCAUUCUUUGGUUGCUUUCCUGAGGACUACGACGUGGGACUGUACAAGGCUCACCUAGAGACCCUGUAUAGUGGCCUUCUGAUUCACAUGGACGAUCCUGACCAGACCAUCCAGGAGGCCGUGCUUGAUGUACUCAAGCAAGCCGCCAAGGUCCAACCGUCUUUGCUGAUCAGGGAAAUAGAAUCGGUUCGACACAAACAUCGCAGCUUCAUCUACUGUGACCAGCUGAUAAAACACGCUCAAACAUUGAUGCAAUAACAGUGGGAGCAAGAGCCCUCCAAGUCCCCCCAUCUGCAGGCCAGUGAGCUGUUUCGAACACAGACCUUGUUCUUGAAAUUGUAAAAUUUUGAAAAUAUUUUUGUUCUAUUACCUGAACUCUUUCAUACCAACAAUUUCUUAGUAACUUAGUCAUGAACUUAAGAAUCAUAGAUAUGAUAUUAUUGUCCUUUUAUAUUGCACUUUACACAUUUGGACAUCAUCUCUUAUUUCACCAUCAUAUUUUUGCUUUUCAGCACACAAUGUACACACGUCCUCUCAAUCUCCACUCCCUGGGGAGUAUUGUAGCCCUGUAAGAGCCACUAUAUAUCAUUCUACAACAUUGCAAAAAUAUGGCAUUUUUAAAUUAAGUCAAUAAAUAAUUUUCUUUAUAUUAUGAAUCUGAAUUUCUUGAUUGUUUAUAUCAUGUGGAUUUACCUCUGUUAAUCAUUAAUAGCUCCACAUAUACUAAGUGUUGCAGUGACAUGUUACAACUUGAAUUGAAAAGCCUUCAUCAUAGUUUACAGUCAGUACAUAUCAUCCCUAAGUUCCAUGUUUUUAAGGCAUAUUUUUAGUUCAUUCCUAUAAGGUGUGUCCAAAAUUAUGCAGUUAACAUGGAUGAAAAUAUUGACAUUACCAUAAUUAUUGAUAUUACCUU